UUGACAUCAGAAACAAGUUAGGGAAGACUGCACGUUCACUGGAGCAAAAUGAAUCUGAUUUAUCUUGGGAUGAUUACAAUUGUGGUAUCAACAGCAAUGAAGGUUUCAGCCGAGGACGACGCCAUAGCUAAUGGCGAAGCAAAUGGAGACGGCGGUAUACCUGAAGAUAAUAAGGAUGAUAUGCCGGAGGAACUCAAGAUAUUACUCGUAAAGAACAGUACCCUGGGAGAAAGUCUCAUCAAAAUAAUCGAAAUGGUGAAUGACUUCUCAUCAGACAUCUGGAAACAGUCCAUUUCACCACGCUAUUCCAGUUCAAUAAAACACCAAUUGACUAAAGCAAGAAAUAUCACAAAGAUGGCUCGCAAAUCAAGCAGAAUAUUAAAAAAAUCGUUACGAUGGAUUGAUUUGGCUUUAGAUGGUGUCGACAAAGUCAUGGAUGUCAUAAUGGCUAUUCAAAGCGAGGCUGUCAAAAUUGAAAAUUUACUAGUUGAUCUCCAAGAAUACGACUCUGUAUUACAAAACUAUGAUGCCUAUGGACGGUUGUCUUCACGAAUAAUGUAUGUAGAUAUACUAUAUUAUUUUUUUGACUACGGCAAUCGACGUUCCUUUUCCUUUGAAGAUUUUAGAACUAUACUUGGACAAAUCGAUGGUUACACAAACAGUUGGCUAGACCUGAACUGGCCAAGGGAAGAGAGAGAAGAAAUUUUUCGUCCUUUGAUGAAUAAAAUAGGGCUCCUUCAGGAAUUAGGGAACAACCUUGAUUUUAGGUUUAAGUCAAAAGUGAAUGCAUUAGCUAAAAGGUUGAAACAAAAAAUAGAUAAUCUGGAAAAAGUUUCAAGGAAGAAGCUGCAAAGGGCAAGGGCAUAAAAGGACUUGUAGUGAAACGACAUACAUGAGUAGCCGACUAGAAUCAACCCUUCCUUCAAA